CGGCGAGGCCGAGGGGGCGGGCGCCGGGCGGAGCCGGAGCCGGAGCCGGGGUGCCUGGAGGCGAGCGGGCCGCUCUCUCCGAGCUCAGAGCAGCGGAGAGACAGUGCGGCGGGGGUCGGGGCCGGAGCCCAGCCCCGGGGCUGAGGUGAGCCGAGAGGAGCCGCGGCCAGAGCGGCGGGAGCGGCGCUCGGACCGUCCUCAGGGGCGCGGAGGCCGGGCGGGCCCGGGCCAUGCGCGCCGCUCGCUGAGGCCGAGGGAGGCCGAGAUGGAGGCGCCGGCUGGGGAGCCUCUGGCCCGGGGCUGCGGCCCCCCGCCCGCGCCGGCCCCAGAGAGGAAAAAGAGCCACCGCGCGCCAUCGCCGGCCCGGCCCAAGGACGUGGCCGGCUGGUCGCUGGCCAAGGGCCGCCGCGGCCCAGGCCAGGGCGCCGCAGCCGCCUGCAGCGCCGCGUCCUCCGGGCGGCCCGACAAGAAGGGGCGCACGGUGGUGCCCGGGGCGCGGGGCUCAGGGACGCGGGUGGCAGGGGUCCGUACCGGGGUGCGUGCCAAGGGCCGCCCGCGCCCGGGUACCGGGCCGCGACCUCCUCCACCGCCGCCCAGCCUCACCGACAGCAGCUCGGAGGUGUCGGACUGCGCGUCGGAAGAGGCGCGACUGCUGGGCCUGGAGCUGGCGCUGAGCAGCGACGCCGAGUCUGCGGCCGGGGGCCCGGCGGGGGCCCGCACCGGGCAGCCGCCCCAGCCCGCGCCGUCAGCACAGCAGGCUCCGCGGCCGCCUGCCUCCCCGGAUGAGCCAUCCGUAGCCGCGUCGUCAGUGGGAAGCAGCCGCCUGCCACUCAGUGCCUCGCUUGCCUUCUCCGACCUCACUGAGGAGAUGCUGGACUGCGGGCCCAGCGGCUUCGUGAGAGAGCUGGAGGAGCUGCGCUCGGAAAACGACUAUCUCAAGGACGAGAUUGAGGAGCUGCGGGCAGAGAUGCUGGAGAUGCGGGACGUGUACAUGGAGGAGGAUGUGUACCAGCUGCAGGAGCUGCGCCAGCAGCUGGACCAGGCCAGCAAGACCUGCCGCAUCCUGCAGUACCGGCUGCGCAAGGCCGAGCGCCGCAGUCUCCGUGCUGCCCAGACUGGCCAGGUGGACGGUGAGCUCAUCCGGGGCCUGGAGCAGGAUGUUAAGGUCUCUAAGGACAUCUCCGUGAGGCUGCAUAAGGAGCUGGAAGUGGUGGAGAAGAAACGGAUGCGGCUGGAGGAGGAGAACGAGGAGCUUCGGCAGCGGCUCAUCGAGACAGAGCUGGCUAAGCAGGUGCUUCAGACAGAGUUGGAGCGGCCGAGAGAGCAUUCCUUGAAGAAAAGAGGAACCCGCUCCCUGGGGAAGACAGACAAGAAGCCUUCGGUGCAGGAGGACAGUGCAGACCUGAAGUGCCAGCUGCACUUUGCGAAGGAGGAGUCAGCCCUCAUGUGCAAGAAGCUCACCAAGCUGGCCAAGGAGAAUGACAGCAUGAAGGAGGAGCUGCUCAAGUACCGCUCGCUCUACGGUGAUCUGGACAGCGCCCUGUCCGCUGAGGAGCUGGCCGACGCACCCCACUCGCGGGAGACUGAGCUGAAGGUGCAUCUGAAGCUGGUGGAGGAGGAGGCCAACCUGCUCAGCCGCCGCAUCGUGGAGCUGGAGGUGGAGAACCGGGGCCUGCGGGCCGAGAUGGACGACAUGAAGGAUCACGGGGGCGGGAGCGGGGGCCCAGAGGCACGCCUGGCCUUCUCCACCCUGGGUGGCAGUGAGUGCGGAGAGAGCUUGGCAGAGCUGCGGCGACACCUGCAGUUCGUGGAGGAGGAGGCCGAGCUGCUGCGGCGCUCCUCCGCGGAACUCGAGGACCAGAACAAGCUGCUGCUGAGUGAGCUGGCCAAGUACCGCUCCGAGCACGAGCUGGACGUGACGCUGUCGGAGGACAGCUGCUCCGUGCUCAGUGAGCCCUCCCAGGAGGAGCUAGCGGCUGCCAAGCUGCAAAUCGGCGAGCUCAGCGGUAAGGUCAAGAAGCUGCAGUACGAGAACCGCGUGCUGCUGUCCAACCUUCAGCGCUGCGAUCUUGCCUCCUGCCACAGCACGCGGCCAAUGCUGGAGACGGACGCCGAGGCGGGGGACUCUGCCCAGUGCGUGCCUGCUGUCCUUGGCGAGGCCCAUGGCCCCCAUGCCGCCCUGCUUUGCAGAGUUAGGGAGGCCGAGGCGCUGCCUGGGCUGAGGGAGCAGGCGGCCCUGGUCAGCAAGGCCAUCGACGUCUUGGUGGCAGAUGCCAAUGGAUUCUCUGCUGGCCUCCGCCUGUAUCUGGACAACGAAUGUGCCGACUUUCGGCUGCAUGAGACCCCUGACAACAGCGAGGGUCCUAUGGACACCAAGCUCAUCCACGCCAUCCUGGUGCGGCUGAGCAUGCUCCAGCAGGAGCUCAACGCCUUCACCCGGAAGGCAGACACCGUCCUGGGGAGCUCUGCCAAGGAGCCGUCAGAGCCCUUCUCCUCGCUGCCCACCCUGGGCUCCCAGGGGCCCUCCAAGGAGAUUCUGCUGGCCAAAGACCUUGGCUCAGACUUCCAGCCACCUGACUUCAGGGAUCUGCCGGAAUGGGAGCCCAGGAUACGAGAGGCCUUCCGCCCUGGCGACUUGGACUCCAAGCCCGACCCCAGCCGGAACUUCAGGCCUUACCGAGCUGAAGACAAUGAUUCCUACGCCUCUGAGAUCAAGGAGCUGCAGCUGGUGCUGGCUGAGGCCCAUGACAGCCUGCGGGGACUUCAAGAGCAGCUCUCUCAGGAGCGGCAGUUACGCAAGGAAGAGGCUGACAACUUCAACCAGAAAAUGGUCCAGCUGAAGGAGGACCAGCAGAGGGCGCUCCUGAGGCGGGAGUUUGAGCUGCAGAGUCUGAGCCUCCAGCGGAGGCUGGAGCAGAAAUUCUGGAGCCAGGAGAAGAACAUGUUGGUGCAGGAAUCUCAGCAGUUCAAGCACAACUUCCUGCUGCUCUUCAUGAAGCUCAAGUGGUUCCUCAAGCGGUGGCGGCAGGGCAAGGUUUUGCCCAGCGAAGGGGACGACUUCCUUGAGGUAAAUAGCAUGAAGGAGCUGUACCUGCUAAUGGAAGAAGAAGAAUUAAACGCCCAGCAUUCUGACAACAAGACCUGCACGGGGGACAGCUGGACCCAAAACACGCCCAACGAGUAUAUCAAGACACUGGCUGACAUGAAGGUGACACUGAAGGAGCUGUGCUGGCUCCUCCGGGAUGAGCGCCGUGGUCUGACUGAGCUUCAGCAGCAGUUUGCCAAGGCCAAGGCCACCUGGGAGACGGAGCGGGCAGAGCUCAAGAGCCACACCGCCCAGAUGGAGCUGAAGGCUGGGAAGGGCGCUGGGGAGCGGGCGGGGCCCGACUGGAAGGCAGCUCUGCAGAGGGAGCGGGAGGAGCAGCAGCACCUCCUGGCUGAGUCCUACAGCGCUGUCAUGGAGCUGACACGGCAGCUGCAGAUCAGCGAGCGCAACUGGAGCCAGGAGAAGCUGCAGCUGGUGGAGCGGCUCCAGGGUGAGAAGCAGCAGGUGGAGCAGCAGGUAAAGGAGCUGCAGAACCGCCUGAGCCAGCUGCAAAAGGCUGCGGACCCCUGGGUCCUGAAGCACUCAGACCUGGAGAAGCAGGACAACAGCUGGAAAGAGACACACAGUGAGAAGAUCCACAACAAGGAGGCUGUUUCUGAAGCUGAGCUUGGGGGAACUGGCUUAAAGAGGACCAAAUCUGUUUCUUCCAUGUCUGAGUUUGAAAGUUUGCUUGACUGUUCCCCCUACCUUGCUGGUGAAGCCACCCGGGGUAAGCUGCCCAAUAACCCUGCGUUUGCCUUUGUGGGCACUCAGCCAGUGGACCCAGAGAAGGAUGCCCAGGCACAGCCAGGGGACUGCAGCCACCUGGGUGCCCUGGCCUGCCAGGACCCGGCAGGGAGGCACAUGCAGCGCAGUUACACAGCUCCCGACAAGACUGGCAUCCGCGUGUACUAUAGCCCUCCGGUGGCCCGGCGCCUGGGCGUCCCGGUGGUCCACGAUAGGGAGGGUAAGAUCCUCAUCGAGCCCGGCUUCCUCUUCACCACUGCCAAGCCCAAAGAGUCGGCCGAGGCCAACGGGCUGGCCGAGAGCUCCUACGGCCGGUGGCUCUGCAACUUCUCACGGCAGCGCCUGGACGGGGGCACAGGGGCCGGCCCCGCGGCUGCCGGGCCGGGCUUCCCAGCAGCCCUGCACAACCUGGAGAUAUCGGGCAACAUGAGCGACGACAUGAAGGAGAUCACCAACUGUGUGCGCCAGGCCAUGCGUUCGGGCUCGCUGGAGAGGAAAGUGAAGAGCACGUCCAGCCAGACGGUGGGCCUGGCCAGCGUGGGCACGCAGACCAUCCGCACGGUCAGCGUGGGCCUGCAGACUGACCCACCCCGCAGCAGCCUCCACGGCAAGAGCUGGUCACCCCGCAGCUCCUCGCUGGUGUCCGUGCGCAGCAAACAGAUCUCCUCCUCUCUGGACAAGGUGCACUCGCGCAUCGAGCGGCCGUGCUGCUCGCCCAAGUAUGGCUCGCCUAAGCUCCAGCGGCGGUCGGUGUCCAAGCUGGACAGCGCCAAGGACCGCAGCCUGUGGAACCUGCACCAGGGCAAGCAGAAUGGCUCGGCCUGGGCCCGCUCCACCACCACGCGGGACAGCCCUGUACUGAGGAACAUCAAUGACGGUCUGUCCAGCCUCUUCAGUGUGGUCGAGCACUCGGGGAGCACGGAGUCCGUCUGGAAGCUGGGCAUGUCCGAGGCCCGGGCCAAGCCCGAGCCUCCCAAGUACGGCCUUGUGCAGGAGUUCUUCCGCAAUGUGUGCGGCAGAGCCCCGAGUCCCACCUCGGCAGCAGGGGAGGAGAGCACCAAGAAGCCGGAGCCCCUCUCCCCGGCCAGCUACCAUCAGCCGGAAGGCAUGGCCAGGAUCCUGAACAAGAAGGCAGCCAAACCAGGCAGCGGUGAGGAAGCCAGACUCUCUGUUCUGCCCCAGGUGGGGAAGGACGGUGUCCUCCGGGAUGGAGAUGGAGCCCUGGUCCUUCCCAAUGAGGAUGCUGUUUGUGACUGUAGCUCGCAGGCUCUCACCUCCUGCUUCGCGCGGCCAUCCCGCUCAGCCGUCCGCCACUCUCCAUCCAAGUGCAGGCUGCACCCUUCGGAGUCCAGCUGGGGUGCAGAGGAGAGGGCAGUCCCCCCCAGCGAGUGACAGAGCAGCUGAGCUCCCCACCUCAACCAGCCCAGUCCAUGAAUAGGCAAAGGGAACCAGCGAAGGGAACCAACAGACGGGAGGGCUAUGCCCUCUGCAUCACCUCGCCCUGGGGAACAGGAGCUGCACCACCGCGAAGAGAACAACUUUCCCCUCCAGGUAAAGCAGGGUCUCCUGCUGACCACUGGGUGGCGAUCUCCGACUUCCCAGGGGAAGGCAGUGAGUGGGAGAAAGACCAAAACGGGGCUUCGGAGGCAUCUCCAGAGAGGUCCGUUGGGAACCCAUCCCUGGAUCCUAAAGGAGAGCCUUGCCUGGUUUUACUCACAUCCACUUCUCCGAAGAGCUGAGGAAAGGAUUCACUUGUGGUCACACCCCUCAGGGAAGGGGCUGGCAGAGCUGUUCCUUGCCAAUCACACCCCUUUCGUGGGAGGAAACACCAAUGAGAAGAACAGGCUUUGGCCUAGGGCUCAGCUUGGGGUUCCUGGUGGAGCUGGGCUGGGCAUGAUCCCCAACCCUUGUUCCCCCCAGUGCCUCUUCCUCCUCCCCGCCCUGCUGCUCUGGAUCGCUGUGACUCUAGGGGGUAUGAUAGGGCAGUAGCCAGGGCCAAAUAUCUGCUUGGAAUCCCGGAGCCUUAGAUCUAGCAAGGAUGGAAGACGAGGUGGGAAUGUGUGGGGCUUGGGGUCGGGGAGCCACUGGAACUGCCUCCCUUGCCAAGGUGACAACCUUCCCAGGAGAUUCCUUGAGGACAGAAAUAGGUCGAGUCUCUCUCAAGACCUGGUGCACAGAUAAAUGCCUAAAUGCAAACGCCCACUGCCUUGAUCACUGGGGCCUCUUUCCACGGCACCCUACAGGGGGCGCCACAUCACCACUGUGUUUACAUCCUGCGGCUGGUGGAAGGCAGAUGUAUUCGCCACAGAGACUCCCUGGCCAGGCCAGGCGAAGGAACACUCCAAAAGCCUGGCGCCCCAGGACACAGCGGUGGACAGGGGCCUGGAAACAAAUUUCUUGCCUAUAUUGUUUAUUUUAAUUUUUCUUACUAUAAAUAUUUAAGGUGGUUUUACUUUAUUUUAAUAAUUUAAUUUACCCCAAAGUCCCUAAGGUAAUUUAUUGGACGUUGAGACAUGUAUUCUUGCCACUGGGACAAUGCAAGGUUUCUAACACGAUGGACAGGAGUGGGGUCCCCUAUAUGGACGAGGCAGCUCAGCAGCCGGUCUCCUGGUCAAGUUUGGGGGUGCUCCAGCAGAGCUGGAGUCCUGCAGCUUGCUCCCCCAACACCACUGGCCUCCGAGCACUGCUUUUCACUCAACACCUGGUACUUGCCCGGCAUGCAGCAGUCAAUCUGUAAAUGCUCGCUGACAGGCUGGAGGGCUGGACCGAUCUCACCACUUCCCAAACAUUCUCCAUUUCCCUUCUCAUUUUCCUUCCUCCCUCUGACACCUUUUUUUACGAGUCAAACAUGGGUACUUAGGCUCUGUCAAGAGCACAGAGAUCUCUCCAAGUUCCCCACGUGAGAAUUCACAGGAAAACAGGCCUGAACUCCGAGAAUGUUGUUUCUUGCAGCUUUGCACAUGGAUCUGAGAGUGUCUGCCAGCCUGCCUGAGUUCUCACUAGCCUGCCAGCCUUUUCACCAGCCUCUCUCCUUAGCCUUAUGGCCUCUCCUGGCUCUUCUCUCAGCCCCAACUUCACUUCCCACCCUUCCCUACAUUCUAAGCUGCUCAAGCCAUCACAUGGAUUGCAACGUGGCUGAUUGCAGUGUGGUAAGGAGGCAUCACGUGGCCUCCCCUUCGCACCAGUGAACCCAUUUUGGUUACACACACACACACACGCAUGCACGCACACACGCACACGCACACAGAUAGGUAUGUGGCCCUCCUGUAGCUGGCUGGGGGCUCAGAGUGGAAAG